GAGGUGGCGGAGAGGCGGCGGGCUCGGGCCUCCUUUACCGGCGGGCUCUGCGGUGGGCGGUGCGGCGGAGGUGCGUUUCCGGGCCGGCCGGGGUUCGCGCCGUUGGGCUUCCAGUCUCUCACUCCCGCAGGGGCGCAGGCAUCGGUCGCAGCCAUGAACUACGCGCGCUUCCUCACGGCCACGAGCGCGGCCAGAGAGCCUUCUGCCAUUCGCGUCCUGACGGAGAUCCUGAGCAGGGCGCCGAGGUCGCUCAUCUCCCUGGCCGCGGGGGCCCCGAACCCGAGCACGUUCCCCUUCCAGGCCGCCGUGGUGACCACGCACGACGGGAGGGCCGUGCGGCUGGACGGAGCGCGCAUGGCGAGGGCGCUGCAGUACUCGCCCAGCGCCGGAAUCCCAGAGCUGUUGUCCUGGCUGAAACAGUUGCAAGUAAAAUUGCAUAACCCUCCCAGCAUCCAUUACCCGGCCAGCCAAGGACAGAUGGACCUGUGUGUUACGUCUGGCAGCCAAGACGGGCUCUGUAAGGUAUUUGAAAUGAUCAUUGAUCCUGGAGAUAAUGUCCUCCUAAGUGAACCUGUUUAUUCAGGAAUACUUCAAAUUCUGAAACCCCUGGGCUGCAAUAUCAUCAGUGUUUCCAGUGACGAACACGGGAUUAUCCCAGACUCCCUCCAAGAAAUACUGUCCAGAUGGAAGCCAGAAGAUUCAAAGGACCCCGGGAGAAAUACCCCCAAGCUUCUCUACACCGUCCCGAACGGGAACAACCCCACCGGAAACUCGUUAACGGCCGACCGCAAAAAGGCGAUCUACGAGGUCGCAAGAAAAUACGAUUUCCUCAUAGUAGAAGAUGAUCCUUACUACUUUCUCCAGUUCACCAAGCCCUGGGCCCCAACAUUUCUUUCCAUGGACAUUGAUGGACGUGUCAUCAGAGCUGACUCCUUCUCUAAAGUCCUCUCCUCGGGGCUGAGAAUUGGGUUCAUAACUGGUCCAAAACCCUUGAUAGAGAGAGUUGUUUUACACACACAAGUUUCAACAAUGCAUGCCAGCACUUUCUCACAGGUUCUGGUAUCAGAGCUUCUACACCAAUGGGGAGAAGAGGGUUUCCUGGCUCAUGUAGAGAGAGUGACUGAAUUCUAUAGGGCCCAGAAGGAUGCGCUGCUGGCAGCUGCAGACAGAUGGUUAAGUGGUUUGGCAGAAUGGCACGUUCCUACUGCUGGAAUGUUUUUGUGGGUUAAAAUUAAGGGCAUCAGUGAUGUAAAACAACUGAUUGAAGAAAAAGCCAUUAAAAAAGAGAUACUAAUAGCUCCUGGGAACGUCUUCUACACCGACAGCUCGGCACCCAGCCCUUACUUCAGAGCGUCCUUCUCCUCGGCGUCUCCAGAACAGAUGGGCCAGGCCUUCCAGAGAUUAGCCCAACUUAUAAAAGAAUCUUUAUGAAGAUAUUAAACUUUUCAUAGAACCCAUGAAUUUUUCCCAUAAAGUAUUUCUAUGUUUUAGCAGAAAGAAAUGAUCAUUUUGGUGUUAGACCUACAGCUCGGAUUUCACCAAACAUGUCAUAUCUGUAGUAAUCAAGGCAACCUUUAAAGUGCCCUUAAGUCCAUCAGAAUGCCAAAAUAUAUUUAUAAUCCAUUUAUACCUUUUGAUAAAUUUUCAACCUGCAAAAAAUUAUUUUUACCCUGGAUUUUAUUGUAAAGAAUUCUGUAGUUACUUUAUAAUUUUCCAUAGAUUUUCUAUGAAAAUUUUACAGUAAAUCAUCUUGAAAAUGUACAAAAAUAAAUACAAAAUAGUAUAUAGUGGGAACUUUUUCUAUUUUUAGGAAAGUUUAAUGAAUGCUUACUGCAAAAAUUGUUAGAAUUUGACCAUUAAGAAGGAUUUUCACUGGGAGUACCAUAGACAUUAUGUUAUGCCAUAGAAAUCCCUGUAAAAUAAAAUUCUGAAACUAAACUUACAUAAA